UGAAGCGUAUUGCUUGUGCAAUAGAGAACCUGUUAUUGAUUGGAAGCUUAGUCUGUUUUAAUAAUUGAGUUCGCUGUUCAGAUGAAUUCAGGCUCUGUUUGCUUUUCAGUCUUGCGACCCAAGAUGCUGAAUUCAUCUUUGAUAAGAGGAAGUCUUUUUCUUCGACCAGCAACCAGGGCCAGUAUUUGUUCAGAGAACUUCCAGACUUUAAGAAGCAAUCUCGGAAGCAGUUGUAACUUUAAUGUGCUUGCAUCCAAUUCCCAUGGGCCUUCUGACGAGGGACUUGGUAGAGGAAAAUGGAAGCAACGACAUAUAACGACAAAAGUUGGAGGAAAUAAAGACACCCAGAGCAGUAAAUUUGGCAACCUCAGGCAUGAGCUCUUGGAUGGAACAGUCACAACAAGGACCAAUUUGCAUGUAAAGAAAUCAGAAGUUCUUAAGUUUGAAAAACCACUAUACUGUGACAUCCAACAAACUAAUGUUGAUAUUAGAGAAAUUGAGCGGCUUUUAACAAUUUUUGUCUUUGAUAUUGAAACCACUGGGUUCAGUAGACAUAAUGAACGAAUUAUUGAGAUUGCACUUCAGGACCUCUUGGGGGGUGAGAACAGUACCUUCCAGACCCUAGUCAACCCUGAACGAUAUGUCCUCAAUUCACAUGUCCAUGGAAUCACAACCAACAUGGUCAACAGACCUGAUGUCCCAAGGAUGGAGGACCUGAUUCCAAUCUUAAUGCAAUAUGUAAGAAGCCGCCAAAAACCUGGGGGUUCUGUUUUAUUUGUUGCUCAUAAUGCACGCAAUUUUGAUGUGCCCUUUCUGAUCAAUGAGUUCGCUCGCCACUCCAGGGAGAUCCCCUUAGAUUGGUUGUUUUUCGAUACUCUUCCUCUUGCUCGUCUGUUGAUGAAGUCAGAUGGGUCAAAGCUGUGUUCAACCUCACAGCAAGCACUUCGCGAGUACUAUGAUGUUCAGUUAGAAGGUAAAGCACACAGAGCCAUGUCAGAUGUGAAAUCACUAUCACAGAUACUACAGAGGUUGACUUUUGACCUAAAGCUACCAGUCUCAGGCAUUUUGGAAGCAUCAUUCAAGGCUUCAGCCUUAACUAAUUCAGCAGCCUUGACAAACUCAAAGAAGAAGAAGAAAUCAAGCUAGUUUCCUUGAUCUUGUACUUGCUCUUGUAUGACUAUUUAUUGUGUUGUAAACUUCCAUUCUUUUUUCAAAGCUAAUAUCAUUACUUUCUGUCUCCCCAAA